GAGCCGGAAAAAAAUCACUGCGUUUCACAACACUCUCUCUCUGGCUUCAGCUCUGUUAAUGGCGGCGGAGAGAUUGACGUUCACUCUCGGAGGCAAAGGAUCUUCGUCCUCUUCUUCCUCCGUUUACAAGGUUGCUUCUCGCGUAUCUAAUGUAGGGAUCGACUCUUCUGCGAUCGAGAGAUUCUCCACUAAAACCCUUCAAUUGACCAAAAGAAGCUCCUUUGGAAUCCCUGAAGGGUUAACGAACGAAGAGAUCCGAGCUUCUUUGGUUGUGCUCUUAAACAAGCUUCUUUUGUCGAACUCGGGUCCUUCUUCUUCUUCCUCCACCGUUCGUUCUGUUCUUCCGGUUAAGAUAUUGGAGAUUCUGAAUUCAAAGACUGAGAAUUUCGAAUCUGGUGAGAUUGAAGUGACAGAAGGGGAAAAUUUUGUGCUGGAGAAGUCGUGUGCUUCGUUUAUUGGACUAUGUUCGAUUAUAGAUUACAAAUCGACGGCUCUUUCUCAGAUUGUGGAUUCUGUUGCUGCCUUGAGCUGUGAGGCUACAAAAGGUGAUAUCACUUUGUUUAGCUCGUUGGAUUCAGGAGACGGGUUUGGUCAUAAAGAUGCAAUUAGUGUAGCUGGUGAUCUCAAGGUUUUGCUAAAUGGGUCUAAAGCUGUGGGGAAAUUCGAAAUCGAAGAGAUUUCGAAAAUUCCCAUGAUUCAUGGAAAAUUCAGAGAUUUGGUGAAAAGCCUGCACUUGGAUGCUCGGAAUGAGUUGAAUUCGGGUGUUAAAGGAGGCAAAACUGGGUCUGUAGACUCUGGAGUUGGUGAGGCUUUAGGAGCAACAUUGCCAUCUUUGUCAAAGCUGAUUAAGAGCCUGGGAGCAUGCUCUUUCCUUCGUGCUAAGCUGUGUUUUCAGUCCAUUGGAAAUGAGAAUCUGAGGAAUGGUUUGUCGCAACUGUUCGAAGCGAGCUGUAUUGAGUACGAGAACCUGAAAAAUGGCUUCUCUGAAGAGGAUGACUGCAGAUUUGCUCAUAAAUUGAAUGAGACUCUAGGGAUCGUAUGGAGAAUUGUUGGUUUUGAAGCAGUUGCUGCCUUUUUUGCACUUGCUGGUGGAGAGUUGUUUGGCGAGAAGGGAGGAGACGUGGGACAAGAGGAGUCCAAGAGCGAUAAGAAAAAGAAGAAGAAUGAGAAAAAAGCGGUUUUAGGGAAGGGGACAAGCGUAGUUAUCCAGUUUAUCAAAGAGAGAUUGGUGAGUAAUGAGGCAGCAAGUGGUGAUGAUCAGAUGAAGUCAUUGAACCAAUGGGUGGAGCAAAUCUUAAAUCUUUUUAAUCCCGCGGGUCACGGUUUUGAUUCCUUCUUGGCAAAAGUGAAAGAGAUUGUAGAAAGUAAUGAAAACAGGAGACUUCCCAAGCUUCCAAAGGGUACUCGAGAUUUCGCUAAAGAACAAAUGAUAGUCCGAGAAAAAGCAUUUUCAAUCAUACAAAACGUUUUCAAGAAACAUGGUGCAACUGCACUUGAUACUCCUGUCUUUGAAUUGAGGGAGACACUUAUGGGGAAGUACGGAGAAGACUCAAAGUUGAUCUACGAUAUUGCUGAUCAGGGUGGAGAGCUUUGCUCUUUAAGAUAUGAUUUAACCGUCCCAUUUGCACGGUAUGUGGCUAUGAAUGGUUUCACAUCAUUCAAAAGAUAUCAAAUAGCUAAGGUGUACAGAAGGGAUAAUCCAUCUAAAGGGAGAUACAGAGAGUUUUAUCAGUGUGAUUUCGAUAUCGCUGGUUUGUCGGAACCAAUGGGACCCGAUUUUGAAGUUGUCAAGAUUUUAACAGAACUCCUUGAUAAAUUGGAGAUCGGAGAAUAUGUGGUGAAACUGAAUCAUCGAAAGUUGCUUGAUGGAAUGCUGGAGAUAUGUGGAGUACCAGCUGAGAAAUUCAGAACCAUAUGUUCGAGUAUCGAUAAGUUAGACAAGCAAUCAUUUGAGCAGGUGAAGAAAGAAAUGGUGGAGGAGAAGGGUUUGUCUUCAGAGAUUGCAGACAGAAUCGGCAACUUUGUCAAGGAAAAAGGACGUCCCAUGGAGCUGUUGAGUAAACUGAGACAAGAAGGGAGCGAGUUUUUAGCUAACAAAUCAUCAAACGAAGCUCUUGAGGAGUUGAGUAUCAUGUUUGAAGCUCUUGAGAGAUCAAAGUGCAGUCACAGAAUAGUCUUUGAUUUAAGUCUAGCUAGAGGUCUUGAUUACUACACAGGCGUCAUCUUUGAAGCCGUUUGUAUUGGAGCAGAGGUUGGAUCAAUUGCUGCUGGUGGGCGAUACGAUAACCUUAUAGGAAUGUUUGGAUCAAGGCAAGUCCCUGCGGUUGGCGUGAGCCUUGGGAUCGAGCGAGUGUUUAACAUUAUGGAAGAGCAACAAAAACAAGUGGUUCGACCUACGGAGACACAGGUUUUGGUUAGUAUAAUGGAGGAUAAUAAGCUAGGGGAAGCUGCGGAAUUGGCUAGUCAGUUAUGGGAAGCUGAUAUCAAUGCAGAGUAUCUUGUGAGCAAAAGGAGAGCAAAGCAUUUCGAUCGUGCUACGAAUUCAGGGAUUCCUUGGAUGGUGAUUGUAGGCAAAACAGAACUCACUCAAGGUGUUGUCACAUUGAAGAAGAUCGUCAAGGGAAGUGAAGAGGAAAUCCCUGAUGUUCCUAGAGAUUGUUUCGUUGGAGAAUUGUUGAAACGUCUCUGACUUCUCUCUCUUGCAUAAAUGGUACACUUACCCAAACUCUCACUGGUUCGAAUCCCAGCGAAAGUGAAUCACAGUUGUGUUGCAUUUUUAUUUUGUUAUUUUGUACUUUUCUUUUAUAAAAAAUUUUGAUUGGAAAAGCACGACUCAAAAUCGAUGAUUGGUGUUAUUUGAGAUAAGAAGUGAGAGAUAUUUUU